AUGGCCUCGGUAUCGAGUACUCCUCCCAAACGUAAGUUCGUGCCGGAGCUUAUCGAGUCGACCACGAAGUCGUCGUCCUCGUCAUCGCGCAGGGAUGGGGGGAAGACAAGGGACGGCAGUGCUUCCGUUACACCUUCAAAGGGGACCGGCAGGUUUCGGCCACAGCUGAUUGAAACGACGACGGAGACCGGCCGGAAAGCUGUCAGACAGAACAAAGAUGGUGAGAAGGCCACGCAGAGGGGCGCUGGUGUCAGUGGUAAUGGUGGUUCCGGGCUAAGGGAUGCGGAUCGGCAUCAAACCAAGUCGAAGGAUGUCGUCACGAAGCCGCCAGAGUCAUCACCCCGGAAGUUCACUCCACAGCUCAUCGAGACGGGGAAACGGUCGUUUCGUCAGAAUCCAGCAGGGAGCCCUGCUCGUCAGAAUUACGGUAGCACGACCAACACGCUCAGAUUUCGAGCCACUGACUCAGAGUCCAAGUACUCGUAUGCGAGCCUAUCUAGACGCCAGGGGAGCAGACGGCAGUCGUUCCAGGUGCCCAACCUCCCGGCGAUCCCUUCGAACAGCAGCGAGGGCUCCGGAGAGUCCCCGAGCUCGUCGCUCUCGACCUCCCCUACGAACUUCUCCAACGAUGGCGGCCAUCAGAGUGUGCAGGUUCACUACCCGGACUCCUAUACCGGCUCCUAUCCGGACCACCACAUGUACAAUCUUCACUCUCGCCUCGUCUCGGAGAAGUUAAAGGACCAGGCCCUCGCUGCCUUUCCCAAUGAGCAGGUCUACCAACCAGUUUCCCACUUUGCCAUCGACCAGGAAGAUAGCAACUCAGAGGAAGAUGACGAUAGCAUGGAGACUGCCUUUAGACAGCUGUCGAUUGACCUGUCUAGGUUUCGCCGCGAGUCUACCGCCGACCUUGCCUGGGAGCUGGAGGAGAUGCGGAGACACAAGGAGGAGUCGGAAAUGAGGUCUCGUGAGCGCCUCUUUGCAGCUAAUCGUACAUCCAAGUUCUCCGCAGCCGCGCUUGCCGCACGAUACAAAGAUGAAUGGGAAUGUCUCGAGACUGCUAGCUACGAUAUCAUUGGUGGGUGGCAGAAGGGAGUCAACCUUGCGCCUAUGCGGGAAGCCGCAAGCCCGCCAAUGCUGGGAGACGAUAUAGUAUUUACCCGAUGUCAGUCUCCCACGUCGACAUUGAUAGGAGCCGACCAGCAGCCCACUCCAGCCACCAACCAGAGCAAAAAACCUGCUUCCCGUUGUAACGCUGGCGGACUAUGGGCUGCGGACUCGGAUAUGUCUGAUUGCGGUGAAGUCGGGCUUUGGAAUGGGACUUGUAAGAGGAAGUCGGCCAACAAGGCAGCCUGCGAUGGAUCGUCGCAGGACUCAUCACCCCAUCAUUCUGGUCUCGUUACUCCUGCUCCAGAGAGAAUAGACCUGUCUCUACCACCUACCCCCGUAUCUACUCCGCCCGUUGGCUCCCUCCUCAAACCCUCAAAGGAAAUCUCCCCCGACCUCGUCACACUCACCGCUAUUCCUGACACCUCAUCUCCAGCCUCCCCCCCUGCUAUCCUUAUCCAAUCCUACGAUCCCGACCUUGAGCGAGAAAUCGUCGCCGAGUUCAACGAUAGCUUUGUCACACAGAUAUACAACUAUCUAUCACUGGGAUAUCCAUGCUUAGCACGCGACUUCGACGCAGAGCUAAGUAAAAUCACAAAUAUUCCUAUCGACACACUCCGGAGCGAUGAUCAGCACGCUAACGCAAAAGGAUACAUCGACUUGCCUGAUUGUCGAAAUGGUGCAUGCAAUCCCACCACUACCACGACUCCCGGAUGCAUGCGCUGGAAUGCGCUGAAGCAGUAUAUCCACGAAUGGGCGAGACAGCAGCCUCGCUCGGGAGCUGACAGGGCUGUCGACUCUUGGGGCGUCCCAGAGCGAAGAGGCAGCUGGGCUGUCUAG